UCCCGUCCUGGACCGUUCCGAUAAUCCCAUGUGUGCGGAGCAAGGCGGUGAGGAAAAGUCAUUCCCUACAGCCGGAGUUGUCAAGGUUUUUAUCAAGUGCAAAAGCUGUCGAUUGCGUUUUAUUCGUUUAAUACCUAUGAUUUAUACUCUGUUAAAGCUUAUACCUCAUUCUGUAGUCUAUCGUUUGGAAAUAUUUGAUCCAAUUAUAUAUCUUUGCAAAAUCAUCUGUACUGGUUAGUUUGGCUGUUUGUGAAAUAUAAAGCACAGGACUUUAGAGUGUAACGUUACACUUUGUCGAUACAUGACCGUAAUGAGAUCAGGGUGAUUUUUUUUAGUAAAAAGGGAUUCUUUUCAAAGUGAUCCAUGGACUGGAAUCGAAUGUAUUCACUUUUACACGAAAAAAAAUGAUUGAAAUUUGAACAGAGUACAGAUGCACAGGGAUCACUGAAUAAAAAGUGCUCAUCAAUGGAAACCAUGUUUGGAGUUGUGCGUAGACUAAGCCGGUGUUUGCUGCCGGCCGAGACGAGGGGAGAGCGAAACGGCAGCAAAGACAGAAGCCGGGGUCGGGAUGCGAACCAGGAGCGAGAGGCGAGGCUCAAGAGCCGGGAGAUCGACGCCAUGCUGGCCCGCGAAAGGCGCUCUAUCCGGCGCCUGGUCAAGAUACUACUGCUGGGAGCCGGGGAGAGCGGCAAGUCCACCUUUCUGAAGCAAAUGAGGAUUAUACACGGGAAGGAGUUCGGCCAGAAAGCGUUGCUGGAGUUUCGGGACACUAUCUUCGAGAACAUUAUCAAGGGCAUGCGGGUGCUGGUGGACGCGCGAGACAAGCUGCGCAUCCCCUGGCAGAACUCGGAGAACGAGAAGCACGGCAUGUUCGUGAUGGCGUUCGAGAGCAAGGCGGGCGUGCCUGUGGAGACGUGCACCUUCCAGCUGUACGUGCCCGCCCUGCACGCCCUCUGGAGCGACUCGGGCAUCCAGACAGCCUACUCUCGCCACAGCGAGUUCCAGCUGGGUGAAUCAGUGAAGUAUUUCUUGGACAAUCUCGACCGUAUUGGGCAGCUGAAUUAUCUUCCAAGCAGACAGGACAUCUUGCUUGCGAGGAAAGCUACCAAAGGGAUUGUGGAACAUGACUUUAUUAUCAAGAAGAUCCCCUUCAAGAUGGUAGAUGUGGGUGGCCAGCGAUCCCAGCGGCAGAAGUGGUUCCAGUGCUUUGAUGGUAUCACCUCCAUCCUCUUCAUGGUGUCCUCCAGCGAGUAUGACCAACUUCUGAUGGAGGACAGGCGAACCAACCGGCUAGUGGAGUCCAUGAACAUCUUCGAAACCAUUGUCAAUAACAAGCUCUUCUCUGAUGUUUCCAUCAUCCUCUUCCUCAACAAAAUGGACCUGUUGGUGGAGAAAGUCAAGAAGGUUAACAUCUGUAAGUACUUCCCCGACUUCAAAGGGGACCCCCACCGGCUUCAAGACGUGCAGACCUACUUGGUGCAAUGCUUCAACCGCAAGAGGAGGAAUUGCAGUAAGCCCCUAUUCCAUCACUUCACCACAGCCACCGACACAGAGAACAUUCGUUUUGUGUUUCGUGCUGUCAAGGACACAAUACUGCAAGCGAACCUUAAAGACGUAAUUUUACAAUGAAUCUUUCUACAGGGGUUCAGUUCUCUGCAAACGUGCCUUACAGAUGGCACUUCUUCCCAUUCAGAGAAGCUGAAAGGCUACUUAAAGACUUUUGGAACUUCAGACUAUGCACUGAUAUCUCUCUGUUAGACUAGCACACUGCCAGCCUUGAAUCUGGAACUGUUGUUUCUGUGUGCCACAGGCUAUUCUGGCAGGAUCACUGUUUAAGUUUUAUGAAAUUAAGAUAGUUUUCCCACUGGUGUAUCUCUGGAACAUCCAUCAUGUUUAUGACUAACAAUGAUCUGAUAGUCAAGUGCUUCCUAAUGUGACAGCACUGUAAAUAUGUGAUGUAAAUGUGAUGAUCUUUGCUCCAGGUCAGAUGGUUUCAUUCUCUUCAGAUAGCUAUGGGCAUUCUUAUUUUUGUAAAGGUUAUGAGGCAGAAAAUGAUAGGACUGUACCUUCUGUAUUCUCUUUAGGAGAGGAAUUUCAGUUUGCACUAAUGCUGACUGAGAUGGGAUGAUAUUAACAAGUGUGAAUGGAGACUGACUAUGAAUCUUUGCCUUUAACGGCAUCUGAUUAAAAAGAGAUCUCUGAUUUGGAGCAAAUUUGGUUUGGAUUGCCUAUAAAGUAAAACUUUCUGUAAAUCUUUCAGCAUGAUGAAUACUGUGGUGCGUUAAACUGCUAAACUCAUUUAGGAUUUGCACAAUGGACAUCAAAAAUAUUCACAUACUUAUUCUGACCAAACAAAGCAUCAUAACCUAUAUGAACAGAAUUUAUAAUAUAUAAAGGAGUGAAAGAUGGAACGAUACAUCUAAAGUUUUGCAUUUUCCAUUGCUUUUAAUGUGUGCAUGUAUAUAUCUGUAAUUUUUGUGUCCUUUUUAAAAUUUUGAGCCAUGUCUGUCAGAUUGGGACAGAAACACAACUCCUAGUUGGUAAAUUUUUUGAGUGUAUGACAUUGUUACUGUGCAAAUAGAACCUUUUAAUUCCCAUUUAUAUUGAUUCUAAAUGUUUAUGAAUAUACACUGCUCAGAACAGAACAGAAUUCGGUUAACAUCUAACGAGUGCUGUGUCUUUUGGAUUUUUUGUCAUAUGCAUUCCAGAUUCCUACAAUAAAUCAGAGGUGAUAUAUAAGCAUAUUUGUGAGGAAUAAAAGUCUUUAAACCACUGUAAAUAACAUUUAUCUAAUAAUUAGUGUUGUAACAUAUCUGAAAAUAAAGUUGAAAAAACAAAAA